AAUCCUUCAAAAAUAUUCAUUUCUUCAACACAAACCUGAAAUCUCCCAAACUCUCUCUCUAUCUCUCUUAGUUUCUUUGAACACUCCAAAACCUUCAACUCUAGUAAUUUCCGAUUCAGAGUUCAAAAAUAUCGGAUCCAAAAAUGUAUGGACAGAGCUCUACAGAGUCCGAUUCGGCUCUUCUUGAGUCGAUUCGCCGGCAUCUACUAGGCGAGGUUGAAGUGGUUUCUACGGGAAACGGCCCGAUUUUCGGUCGGAGCUCCAGUUUCGGUAGCUUGUAUCCUUGUCUCACCGAAAACUGGGGCGAGUUGCCACUCAAAGAAGACGAUUCGGAGGACAUGGUGCUCUACGGUGUUCUCCGUGACGCCGUCAAUGUUGGCUGGGUUCCAUUCCCUUCUCUCGCUCCUGUACCCACUGAGUCUUUCAAUUUCGGGUCCCAGGUAAUAAAAUCGGAACCCGAUAUGUUCGUUUCGGUGAAAUCCGAGCCCGAUAUCUUACCGGAAACUAAGGCGGUUCCGGCGGUGGCGGCGCCGCAUAAGGCGGAGCCUGCGGUGGUUCCGUCGAAGGGGAAGCAUUAUAGGGGUGUGAGGCAAAGACCUUGGGGGAAGUUCGCGGCUGAGAUUCGUGACCCGGCUAAGAACGGCGCCCGGGUUUGGCUCGGAACUUUCGAAACAGCUGAAGACGCCGCCAUGGCUUACGACCGAGCCGCUUACAGGAUGCGCGGCUCACGCGCCUUGCUCAAUUUCCCACUCCGGGUCAACUCGGGCGAGCCCGACCCGGUGAGGGUGACAUCAAAGCGGUCAUCGCCCGAACCCACUUCCUCGAUUUCAUCUGUCGAUAGCGUGUCGCCGAAGCGGCGGAGGAAGGCUGAUUACACGGUGGCUCAGAAGGCGGAUCAGGCUCAAGCUCAAGCUCAAGCUCAAGCUGGAUUGAGAAUGGGAAGUGGAGUUGAGAACUUGCAAGUGGCACAACAAGUGGCACCAUGUACACGUGGUGAACAAGUAUUGGUUAGCUCAUUCUGAACGGGGAAGAAGUACUCUACUUUACUUGAAUUAUUAUUGAGGGACCUUGUAAUUAUUAUAUGAGCUUCUGUGAUAUUAGAAAUUCCUUGGAUGUCUUGCAAUUGCAAAUUGCAAUUUCAUUUUUGGGGGUGGUCCCAUAUUUUUGAUAAAUGUUAGGGGAAAAAGAUGAAAAUAUUCGAAAGGAAAUAUAAUAAGUAAGAAUGAGAUAUAAGGGGUUGUUUGUGUUUUGUGAAUACAAAGAUUUUGUUGUUAGUGUUUUGGUGAGCUUUAUCAGAAAUGGAAAAUAUUUGUAUUCAUUGCAAGCAACAUGUUGAUAAGGUAGAUAUGUAUUAUUGGCU